UGCAGCCAACCGAUGUACUUUCGCUGCCUCAACGGCUCGGACUACGAUCGUGGCGAGUGGAUCUUCGUCCAGCGGGGAAGAGACUCGCCUCAGCCGGGCCAGGGCUCGUGCCGACGCUGGCAGCCAGACAGGGUCUGCGCCCGGGACUCGCCGGCGCACUUCCGCAAACGCCGGGACUGUGUACAGACCUGCGAGGUGCGCAGGGACAAGCGCUGCCUGGCGCUGGUCACGGAGCAAUUCCUACGGCCCUGCUCCGAGUCGUCGCACGACAGCCCGCGCCGGUUCUGGUACUACGACCGCGUGCAGCGCGUCUGUGCCCGGUGGGCGCCCGCCAUCACGUGCGCUUACAACGCCUUCCGCUCGAUUGGCCAGUGCAAGAUACUCUGCAUGCUGCCGCACCACGGUGACUAAUGGCGCUGU